CAGUGCAAGCUGUCCCAAUCACCUUUGUAAGUGAAUCUGAUUAAAAUUUAAAAUUUUAUUUUAGUUUUGGUUGUUUUUCAGUUUUCUGUUUGUUAGUUUAUUUUAUUUUUAUUGCUGCUAUUUUUUCUAUUAUCCGGGUAUUUAUUUUGUUAGUCUGUAAUGUUCGUUGUGUAUGCAGUAAUUGAUGAAUGAAAUAAUAAUAAAAAAAUUAAUAAAAUAAAAUAAAACUACUCCUCAUCAUGAGUUCAACACAUGAACAUGUGCAGCUUUUUGGGUUAUUGGGGCUUUUUUUUUUUUGACAAAUCUUUUUACAUGUUUUAUUUUGAAACUUUGCAGCUUCCUGUCUCUACAGUCAUAGAGUGCUUCUUCUCAGGUUUCUGAGGGUGAAGGUUGGAGUUGGAGUCAGAUCCACCUGAGAACAAAUGUCCGUUUUACCUACAGUGAAGAUGUUUCAACAAAUGGAUUUUUUUUUUCUCCUGACAGGUGAGACGUAUCCAGGAACAACAAGUUACCUGUGUGAUGACUCCGCCCACACCUAAGCCAAUGCCACCCACAUUAACUUUAUAAAAGACAGAGACUCGCACUCUGGAGGUAGGCGACGUCGUUAACCUGCAGCAGCACACCUGGGAUCCACCUCUCUGACGCCGACAGAUGAUUGUGAUCAGCUGGUCCAGUCGCCGCUGUGAUGUUUGUCUCUCGUUGUCUCCGUCUCGUCCUGCGGGACGUCCUCUCCCAGUCCUGCCUGCAUCACUUCCUGCUGGAGUUUGUAGGCACCGCCCUCUUCCUGUCUGCCAGCCUAUCAGCUGUUCUGAUAAAGGCUGACCAGAGGUCAACAGGUCCGACCAAUCACAGCGGUCCCCCUGAGGGUCCUCCACCCUCUGGGUUCGUGGCGUGUCCCCUGCAGGUUGUGUUGGUCUUUGGUCUAUCCGUUGCCAUGGCAGCGCUGUCCGUGGGUGGAGCAGUUCACCUGAACCCUGCAGUUUCCAUAGCGAUGGCUCUGACCCUGAGGCUCCGCCUAUGGAGGGCAGCGCUGUACGUGAUUGGCCAGCUGCUGGGGAGCGUGGCCUCUGCUGCGCUGCUGCUGGGGCUGAUGGGAGAUGUGGCGCCUGCUGUGAACCAGGUGUCCUCCGGCAUCCUGCUGCACCAGGCCGUUACCGUGGAAACGCUCAUCACGCUCCAGCUGGUCCUGGUCGUCAUGGUAACCACAGAGCUCCCACUGCCUGAGGUGGCCACGCCUCUGUUGGUCGGUCUGACUGUCAGUCUGGGUCACCUGGUGGCUGUAAGUCCCGCCCACCUGUCCGCUGGCCCUUUAAGAGCCAAUCAGCUUCUGUUUCCUCUUCAGGUCGGCGCCACAGGAUGUGGGAUGAACCCAGCGCGUUCCUUUGGUCCUGCCGCCGUCACACUCGACUUCAGGAACCACUGGGUGUUCUGGGCGGGGCCUAUUCUCGGCGCGUGUCUGGCCGCCCUCCUCAACGACCUGCUGCUGCGGCCGCGCUGGCGCUGCCCUGGAGAUUGGUGGGCGGAGCUAAAACAGCUGUAUGUGCUGACAGACAAACAGCAGCAGGGGGCGCUGUCACAGCUUCCGUAACGCACCUGAGCAGCGAAGAAGCAACAGAUCGUCCUCUUCAUCGUCGCCAUCAUCACAAACGCUUUCGAAGGAGCUGGACUAAAAAUCAUCUCGGCUUUCUCCCUAAUCUAAUCCAGAUUUAUUCUCAUUUAAUGAUGCUAAAAGAUAUUCUUAAACCUCUUUACCUCACAUAUUAUGACAUCAAUCCAACUCCAGCUGGUUCUUAAGGAAGCAGCAACCAGGCCGGCCAGAACUUUAUGAUUUCUAGUUUUAUUUUUAUUAUAAUGUUUUCAGCAUUUUAUACAACUAUGCAUAUUUUGCAAAAUACACAUAUAUUAUGCACAAAAUGUAUUAUGUGUCAGGUGUGUGUCUGAACCUGGUCAAAAGAAAUGUCAAAUAUCCAGAAGCUGUUGAAGGCGCUACAUUUAAUCAAAUAUUAGUGGACGUGUUGCUUCUAUUUGAGCAUGUAUGUGUAAUUUUGAACCUGUGUGGAUCAAAUCCUUAAUAAAUUUAAACCUGAGCACCCAAUUUUUGUUUAAAAUUUUAA